CCGCCCUUUAUUUAUGCUCUUCCGCGCUGAGGAACUGACGACACCUGGCUACAACAUUACUCUCAUUCGUUUCAAUUCCUGGGCUAUCGUCGCAAUUGCCGUCUCUGAAAAGUUCAAUACACAUCCCUUGUCUCGGUCACUCGUUAACUCCUUGGUACCUUACUCCCGAGUCCAAAUACACCCCUCAUAGUUCUCUAAUCAACACCCCGCCCGAAGGUGGACAAAGUACAACAAAUUAUUCACCACCAGACUACCUCCUGACCUUCUCCUCCUCUCAUCUAUACUUAAUUGCACCAUCUCCGACAGAAUCAAAACUAAAAUGACCAACACAACCAUUACUCCGACGACGACCACCGCCCCGGUCACCAAGUCCAACACCCCCCUCUUCUCCCCCUCGCUCAUCUCCCCCGAUGUCCUUGCCGUCCUUCCAGCAGACUACACCAUCCGCCCGCUGUGUCGCUCCGACUACAAGAGAGGCUACCUCGACGUUCUCCGCGUGCUGACGACCGUCGGGGACGUCACCGAGGAGCAGUGGAACAGUCGGUACGAGUGGAUCCGCGCCCGGAGCGACGAGUACUACCUGCUCGUUGUGUGCGAUGGGGAGGACCGCAUCGUCGGCACGGGGAGUCUGAUCGUUGAGCGGAAGUUCAUCCAUUCGUUGGGUAUGGUGGGGCAUAUUGAGGAUAUUGCGGUUGAGAAGGGGCAGCAGGGGAAGAAGUUGGGGUUGAGGAUUAUUCAGGCAUUGGAUUAUGUUGCUGAGAAGGUGGGGUGUUAUAAGACGAUUCUCGAUUGCUCGGAGGCGAAUGAGGGGUUCUAUAUCAAGUGUGGGUUUAAGCGUGCUGGGUUGGAGAUGGCGCACUAUUACUGAGUGGAGUUGAGUUUCGAGAUUGAGCUGGACAGUGUUAUUAGAUCCGUGGGCUAGAUCCGUGGGCUUUGGGGUAUUUCGGCGUUGAUCUGUUUUAUCUGAGGGUGGAACUGACAUCAAGGAUCUCACGGUGGCAUGCUUGGUCGUCGUUGUUUCAGCGUCAACGAUGAGCGUCGCUCUCGAACGGAUUGAUUGUGCUGUGCACCGAUGAGACCGAAUACGGAUGCUCUGAGCCGUCCGAGCUAGAAGCGAAUGCUUGGGAUGCUGAUCACGAAGUCAUGGUAUCACCGUGACGAACCGUUGAGAGGCACUUGGUCCUGGGCCCUACGUUUUUCUGUCAUUCAGGUACAUCAUUUGUUAGAGUUGAACACCCGGAUAGAGCUUCAUUCAAUAUGCUAGACGAACUACUAGUAUAAUACAGCCUCGUUGUGAGAAGCACACCUAUUAAUAAUUGGUUAGAUG